GGGUAACCUUUAAGCAGAAGCACGCCGACCGUAUUUGAACAGCGGCACAGUGAGAAAACCCUAACUAGAUAAUAAUCCCUAAUUUCUGAAUUCCAAAGUUGGCGGCAACAUAUCUCAAUGGGUGGUAUGCAGCUCUUGGACGGCGGCAGCGACUCAGAAACCGAAGACAAGAAUGCUCCCAAUCUCAAAAUCAAUGAAGAAUACGCUCGCCGCUAUGAGCACAACAAGAAUCGGGAGGACCUCCACCGUUACGAGGAUCUCAAGAAGCGAGGCCUCGUAGACGACCACUCCGAUUCUGAUUCCUCGUCCUCCGAGGACGACGACGUCGUUUUGGCAGCCAAUUCCAAGAAGAAAGACCUGGAAUUCUUCGAUGCUAUAAUCAAGGUAAAGAAUCGAGACCCUAUCUUGAAAAACAAAGAGGUCGAGUUAUUUAAAUCUGAUGAAACUGAGGUUGAAGAUGCUGGUAAUGAAACUGAAGACACUAGUCUAGUGAAAGAGGAGGAUAGCAAAACUAAGAAGAAGAAAAAGAAUAGCAAUGAGACUGAAGAGGAGGAGGAUAGCAAAACUAAGAAGAAGAAAAAGGUCUACUUGAAAGAUGUAGUGGCUAAUCAUUUAUUAGAAGACGGUGCCGAACUUCCGGAGGAUGAUGGUAAGCAGUUCCUCAAGAGUUACAGUGAAGAGCAAGAGCAGAUAAGGAGGGAAUUUUUGGAAGCAGCUGCCAAGGAGGAGGAGGAGGAGGAUGAUGAGGGGGAGAUAUUGAGAGUCAAAGGCAGUAAUAGUGCUGUGGGGGAUGAAGCUGAUGAGGAGUUCGAUAAGAAAUUGGAUGAGUAUUUCGGUCAAGACUUGGAUGACAAUGCUAGGUUUCUCAGGGACUUCUUUAAGAAUAAGAUGUGGUUGGACAAGGGGAAUCAGGGAAGAGGUGCUACUGAGGUUAGGGAUGAGGAUUUGGAGAUGGUGUCUGAGGACGAGAUGGAGAUUGAGAGGCAGGAGGAGUACGAGUAUAGGUUCCAGGAGAAUGCAGGGGAUCAGGUUUUGGGGCAUGCCAGGGAGGUCGAGGGGUCGGUGAGGAAGAAGGUCAAGGCAAGGAAGGAGCAGAGGAAGAGCAAGGAGGAGAGGAUGGAGAUUGCAAGGUUGGAGAGGGAGGAGGAGUUGAGGCAUUUGAAGAAUUUGAAGAAGAAGGAGAAUCAUGACAGGGUCAAGAAGAUAAUGAAGAUUGCAGGGAUCAAAGAGGGCGAGGAGUCCUUGUUUGAUUCCAAGGAGUUGGAGAACGAAUUUGACCCCCAGGAGUAUGAUAGGAUGAUGAAGAAAGCUUUUGAUGAUGAGUAUUAUGGAAAUGAUGACUCAGACUUUUGUAGCGAUAUGGAUGAGGAUGGUGGUGAGAUUGAGAAACCGGAUUUUGAUAAGGAGGACGAGUUACUUGGACUUCCCAAGGGUUGGGAUGGUGCUGGGUCCAGUGAUGGUUUCUUAGCUGUGAGGGAGAAGAUUUUAAAGCUAAAAAAGGAGACUGGUGGUGAUAAUGAUGAAGAGGAAGAAGACCAGGAGGAAGAGAAAGAAGAAGAUGGUGAUGAAGAAGGAGAAGGAGAAGAAGAGAAAGAAGAGGAUGGUGAUGAAGAUGAAGAAGGAGAAGGAGAAGAAGAGAAACUGAGUGAGGAAGGUAAACAAGAGAAAAAGCGUAAAUUAGCUAUUUUGGAGAGAGCUAAAAAGGAGAUGUUGGAUGAAUACUAUAAAUUAGACUAUGAGGAUACAAUUGGAGACUUGAAGACUAGAUUUAGGUAUGCUAAAAUAAAGCCUAAUAGAUUUGGGUUGACUACUGCUGAGGUAUUAGUGAUGGAUGAAAAGGAGUUAAAUCAAUAUGUAUCUUUGAAAAAGCUUGCUCCAUAUGCGGAGAAGGAGUGGAAGGUACCCAAUAGUAAGAGAAAUGAGAUAAAGAAGAGGGCCAGAGAGAUUUUCAGACAUGGAAAAAUGGAUCACAAAAAAAGUGCUAAGAAGUUGAAAAUUAAGGAUGAUGUGAAGGAUUCAAUUUCAUCAACACCAGCUGAGGAACGUGGGAAGAAACAAAUACAGGACUCAAAUGGUGAUACGAGCAAAUUAUCCAGGACUGCUAGAAGAAGGCUGAACAAAAAGGUUGCAGCAUUACCCCUUUCCAGGCUCAUUGCAUAUGGAAUGAUGCCUCCAAAAUCUAAGAACAAAGGAAAGCAGUGAUCCAAGCAAUAAACAGCAGGUUUGAUAUUUUCAUAAAUGGAGCGGGAUGAGGACUACAAUUUUGCAGAGGUGAGAAGCGUGUCGGGGCUUUUGUCCAAUUGACAACAAAACAAAGGCAAACAUGGUAGAAGUAGAAAUGCUUCAUUGAGAAAAAGAAAGAGAGGGACCAAACCCCCCUUUCUUUUCCUGUGUUUUCCGAUAAGCAUAUGCUUUCAGUAGAGAGUGUGAACAUCAUGUUGUAGCCUGGAAUAAGAAGUUCAUUAACGUCAACAAUGUGACAGGAUAGAUUUUAUGUUUUUCGGUUUGUUGGAACUUGGAAGACUGUUGGUUUUUGUUUAAAUUGGUGUUUGAACUUGUAAUAAUGUCAAGCUUUCCGUUGCAAAACUCACAAUCUCUAGCAACAAAUUUUCCGUUGGGAAAUAUUGUAGGUAGAAAUCAUGCCAAAUUUCAGUUGUGGAAAAAAAAAAAAAAUAUCAAGUAAAAUGAAAAACCAAAUAUGGUAAUGAUUGAGCUAGCUCCAGCCUGCACAUUAACUAACUAACCCAGAGAGAAUUAAAUUAAAAGAAAAAAAACCGCCCUUUUUUCAUUUCUCUCCCCAAAACCUUAAAACAAUCGAAAACCAAUCACCACCCACCCAAAUUCGCCUCUCUCAAAAAGUCAAAACAAAAGAUGGGACUGGGAUUGCAGGGUCCAAAAUCCCUUGUGGGCUUUGUUCUUCUGCUCCUCCUUGCUGUGAUCGGCGCCGUGGCCGGAGCAUCGCCGGCCCCCAAAUCCAGCCGCAAAACAAGCAUCGGAGGAGGAGGAGGAGGAGGAAGCAUCUACGAUCACCUCCGGCAAUAUGGCUUGCCCAUCGGCCUCCUCCCCAAAGGCAUCACGGAAUAUUCCCUCGACGAUUCCAGCGGCGAAUUCCGGGUAUUUCUGCCCCAGCCUUGCCGCGCCAAGUUCGAGAAUCAGGUCCGGUACGAUUUGAACGUCUCCGGGACUCUCACUUUCGGCCGAAUCGCCGACUUGUCCGGCGUCUCUGCUCAGGAGCUCUUCCUUUGGUUUCCGGUGAAAGGUAUCCGAGUGGAUGUGCCCAGCUCCGGCCUCAUUUACUUCGAUGUCGGCGUUGUCGAUAAGCAGUUCUCUUUGUCCCUCUUCGAGUCUCCGCCCGAUUGCACUGCUCUUGAUCCUUAUGAUCCCUCUUCUUCUUCUUCUUCUUCUUCUUCCAAUUCCCCAUCUGAGCUCAAGACUCUAUCAGAAGAUGUUGGGUACAAAGCUGCUUCAUAGAUUGUGCAGAAGGGGAGAGACACAGUUGAAGUAAUCUCAAUCAAGUCAAGCUGAGGGGUUUUUAGUUUAGUUGAUGUUUUUCUCCUUUUGCCUGAAGUGGAUGACAAAGUUUCUGGUUUGGCCUUUGAAUAUGUGUGCUUGCUUGCUUGCUAUUCUGUAUGGACAUGUUGGCCUGAUGCUUGUGUCUUUGCGGGCAAAAUUAGAACAAUUUUGGUAAGGAGAAGAGAGAGUGAAAAGAGACGCAAUGAAGAUUGGGUUGGUUGGUCUACAUAUAGUAAUAUUAGUAUAGUCAAGAGUCAGACGAGGGCGUCGGGUCAGGUUGGUUCUGGUUCACAGAUUUGCUUGAAAUUUAUGUCAAAUUGUUGUCAUAAUAUAUAAGUUUACUUGUUAGUAUGGAUACAAUCAUGUAUUGAUUGAUCAGUUGUGUAUCGAGUUUGAUUCCGUCUUCUGUAAAUGUUAAAGAAACUGAUUUCCUUGUGGUGUUA